CAUGCGCAUUAUAACGUCAGAGGGGCGACGCAACGGUCCGAUUCCUUCAAGAACGGAUCAAAACAGACGCUUUACAUUAGAUUUUAGGGACUCUUUUGUCCCUUCUAACAUUUAUAACAGCGAGCUUCACAACAUCGAGAAGACUGAAACACCAGCAAAAAAUAACCAGGCUAAACCGAAACUAGUAGCACAUUUACGCCUACAAACUACAACUGACUCAAGAUCAGUCCGAUGGCAACGUCGUGCGUGACCAAGGUGGAGCUGACGAUCUCCUGUGAAAACCUGCUGGACAUGGAUGUGGGGUCCAAAUCUGACCCGCUGUGUGUCCUGCUCACGAACACGUCGGGAAACCAGUGGUUUGAGGUCGAACGCACCGAGAGGGUUAAGAACUGCUUGAACCCGAAAUUCGCCAAGAAGUUCGCGGUCGACUACUACUUCGAGGUUGUUCAGAAACUCAGGUUCAGCAUUUACGAUAUUGACAACAAGACCAUCGAUUUGAGCGAUGACGACUUCCUGGGCGAGUUUGAGUGCUCGUUGGGUCAGAUCGUUUCCAGUAGCAAGCUGACGAGACCUUUGGUGAUGAAGAACAAGAAACCUGCAGGAAAGGGAACAAUUACGAUCAGCGCGGAGGAAAUCAAGGACAACAGAGUUGUGAAUUUUGAGAUGGAGGCCCGAAAACUGGACAAUAAGGACUUUUUUGGAAAGUCAGACCCCUACCUGGAAUUUUACAGGCAGACAGAAACAGGCUGGCAGCUCGCUCACAGAACUGAGGUGGUGAAGAAUAACUUGAAUCCUUGCUGGAGGCCUUUUAAAAUCGCUCUACGGUCUCUCUGUGCAGGAGACAUGGAGAAACCAAUCAAGGUUGAAUGUUACGAUUAUGACAACGAUGGAUCCCAUGAUUUGAUAGGGAUUUUUGAGACCAAUAUGAAACGUCUGCAAGAGGCGUCCCGCAGCUCUCCGGCUGAGUUUGAGUGCAUAAACAGUAAGAAGAAACAGAAGAAGAAAAGUUAUAAGAACUCUGGAGUCGUGAGUGUGAAAGUUUGUCAGAUUACUAAGGAAUACACUUUUCUGGACUACAUCAUGGGAGGCUGCCAAAUAAAUUUUACUGUGGGCAUAGACUUCACAGGGUCAAACGGUGACCCCAGGUCACCUGAUUCUUUACAUUACAUCAGUCCUCAUGGUGUGAACGAAUAUCUCUCAGCCAUCUGGUCGGUUGGCCUCGUGGUCCAGGACUAUGACAGCGACAAAAUGUUUCCUGCAUUUGGAUUUGGCGCCCAGAUUCCACCUUCAUGGCAGGUGUCUCACGAGUUUCCUCUCAACUUCAAUCACGCAAAUCCGUUCUGUGCAGGUGUAGAGGGAAUGGUGGAGGCCUACAGGUUAUGCCUUCCUCAGGUCAAACUUUACGGGCCUACGAACUUCUCUCCUAUUAUUAACCACGUGGCUCGUUUCGCGCAGCAGGCUUUACAGCAGAACACGGCUUCGCAAUACUUUGUCCUGCUGAUCAUCACGGACGGAGUGAUCACGGACAUGGACCAGACGCGCGGAGCCAUAGUCGCCGCCUCACGCUUGCCCAUGUCAAUCAUCAUUGUUGGCGUAGGCAAAGCUGACUUUAAAGAUAUGGAGAUUCUGGACGGAGAUGACGGGCAGCUGAGGUCUAUCACGGGAGAACCGGCCGUCCGUGACAUUGUGCAGUUUGUGCCCUUCAGAAAGUUCCAGAACGCUCCUAAAGAGGAGCUGGCGAAGUGUGUUCUGGCGGAGGUUCCUGGUCAGGUCGUCACCUUCUUUAACAUGAUGAAGCUCCCUCCUCUGAAGUCAAACACUCCAGCGGACGCUACAAACGGGCCCACACAGAACUGAAGGACAUCGCCAACCCGCUAACAUAAGGCCUUCUUAAAGAGAUACACCACGUGGUUCGUUUUGGCUUUCAUUUCAGUUACGCGUUCGUCUACUUUUUAUAAAAAAUCAUUUAUCUAUUUAUUUACGUUCUGCCAUGUGAUCUUGCGAUGGUGUGUUAUAGAUCUAGUUUAAACUCAAGUAUCCUACCAUGAAUGAUCAGUUACUGGAAUGAAAUUUAGGAGGGAGGUUAAGUUUAAAGUCAACCUCGUUAGCGUUAGCGAAGGCAUAUCGUUUUUCAUCUCCAGCGUCAUUCCGCUAACACCAUACAAAAUUGUUUACAGUUAGCAUUAUGUGAUUCAUUUUUCAUGUCGUUAUCAUUCUUCACAUCUUAUAUUUUUUUAUCCGUGUAUGUUUUUUUUACUCACUGCCUCACAAAGCCAUUUUUCAUAUACCUGAUGCAUUAUUUUUAAUUGAUGACAUUGAUGUGCCUGAUAACGUGCAGUUCCUGUCCGCUUUACUGUGCAGCGCGGAAAUGAGUCUGUGUGUGAGAUUUCCAGUUUAUUAUCCACUGUAGAGAAAUAGCAAGAAGAAUAAAAAAGUGCGGUAAAUGGUAAAAUAGUUUGCACUACAAACCAGUAUGCCCAUAAUUAAUUAUUAUAUCAUAUAAACUUGAGUGUACCUGUCUGAAUAAUUCAGCAGUCCUGUUAUGUGCCUGAAUGCGCUAUGCAUAAAUAAUAAUAUUUAAAGGUAAUCAUAUUUUUGAAUCAGUAUUAACUGUUUAAGAUGUAGAAAACGAAAUGUAAUUUGCAUUUAAUCAAUGUUAGAAGAUUAUUAUUGUAAUUAAAUGAUCUUAAAUGUAAUGUAAUCAUGAGAUACGGCAUCGUUAGAAUGUAAUGCGUCAUCUUAUUGUGUCUGUGUGCCUGUAGCGUGCCUCGUUUCACAUACAGUAAAUAAAAUGUCAAAAAGAGAUUUUUUUGCAGCGUUAUUAGGACGCUAUAAAUAAAGAUGACAAUGAAAGUA